UCAGUUUCAUUUCACGUGUGGAGUGUCCAUGUGGUGAGUUUUUAGACGUGGUUAACAGGCAUAAAAGCAACACUUCGCAGUGAUCAAAAGUAUCAAUGGAAGAACAGGUACAAACAGAAGGACCUCAUGUCACCGAAGAAGUUGCAAAGAACGAGACACAUCUACCACUUCCGAAGAAAUCCGAUGGCUAUGCACGCAUAAAACCGCAGUAUGUCCUUUCGGAAAAGGAUAGACACAUAGAUCACUCAUUCGUUGCAAAGAAAGACAAAGAAGGCCUUGGCGAGAAAAGAGCUGUAGAAGAGAUAGGCACGGACGAAAACACAAACGGCGGUCCACCAAAAAAGAAAAUCAAGCUUAAAGGCCAGAACAAGAACCGACCACACCAUGUUCCUCUGCCUCAGUCCGCAAAACUCUGCUUCAAGUUCCUCGAAAACACUUGCCCCCAUGGCGACAGCUGCAGGUUCAGUCACAAUCUAAAACAGUUCUACGCAUCCAAACCACCGGACAUUUCAGACAAGUGUCCGUUAUUCAAGAUGUACGGGAAGUGCCGGUAUGGCAUAGCAUGCCGUUUCGCUUCGGCUCACCUGACAGAAGACUUGAAAAACGUUGUCAGAGAGGAGGGUUGCAGAGAGAAGGAAGUAGAGGCGAACACACUGACGAAAGAUUUGCAAAUAGAACUCCGAAAAGGAAGGUUUGAUUUUUCUAAGACCAAGGCCGUGCUGAAAAAAGUGACGUCGGGAACGUUUCUUGAGGAGGCAAAUUGUACGGCAAACGGAACUUUGGAGAAGAAAGAUCUUGGCGACGGCGACGACAGCGUAAAAGACAGGCCAGAGGAGCGUAAAAAGGUGGAUUUCAAAGACAAACUGUACCUUGCACCGUUAACUACAGUUGGCAACCUUCCGUUUCGACGGAUAUGCAAAGAAUUCGGAGCGGACAUCACCUGCGGAGAAAUGGCGAUGGCGACCAACCUGCUUCAGGGCCAGCAGUCCGAGUGGGCCCUCCUCAAAAGGCAUCCGUCAGAAGACCUUUUUGGGGUGCAGAUAUGCGGAUCGCACUGUGACCAAAUGACUCGUUGCGCCGAGCUCUUGAUGAAGAAGUGCACCGUGGACUUUGUUGACGUCAACAUGGGCUGUCCUAUCGACUUUAUUUACAAAAAGGGUGCAGGUUCUGGGCUCAUGAGUCGUUCCAAGAAGCUGGACGAAAUAGUCUACGGCAUGUCCUCUGUGCUGGAGGUGCCGCUGACCCUCAAGAUGCGAGCGGGCAUCAAGGAGGGCAAGACCAUCGCCAAGCAGGUCAUCGAGCAGGUCAAGAAGUGGGAAGACCGUGUGGCCCUCAUCACACUGCAUCCACGUUCCAGGGAGCAGCGCUAUACAAAGCUUGCAGACUGGGACUACGUCGCUGAAUGCGCCAAGGCUGCCCUUCCCAUUCCAUUGUAUGGUAGUGGCGACAUCCUGAGUUUCGAAGAGGCCAACUUACGUCGUGCACAGAGCUCUGUCAGUGGUCUCAUGAUUGCAAGGGGCGCACUCAUCAAGCCGUGGAUCUUCACGGAAAUCAAAGAGCAGAGGCACUGGGAUAUUUCUUCAUCGGAGCGCAUGGACAUUCUGAGAAAAUAUGUCAACUACGGGCUGGACCAUUGGGGCUCUGAUACUGAGGGUGUAGAACGGACUCGACGCUUCUUCCUGGAAUGGCUUUCCUUUCUCCACCGGUACAUACCCCUGGGACUGCUAGAGGUGCUUCCGCAGAGAAUCAACGAGCGUCCCCCACCUUAUUACGGCCGCGACGACUUGGAGACGUUGAUGUCCAGCCCGUUUUGUGCGGAUUGGAUUAAAAUCAGUGAAAUGCUGUUGGGACCCACACCGGAAGGCUUCGUCUUUCUCCCGAAACACAAGGCCAACGCCUACGCAUCAGGGGCUUCAUGAACCUACUUCUUUGUACAGUAACACAAGAGCGGGAGUCUUGAAAUAAGAGAUGAUCAGGAAGUAGUA